CCUCGCCAUCUGUAGAUGGAGGAAGGAAGGAUGCAGACCCAGGCGUUCACCCCACCUCCACCCCGCCCCCGACAUCCCGGCCAGAUAAAGGACCGAGGCCGAGGGGAGCGAGACCCGCCAACCGAGGCCGCGGCCCCUGCAGGACGGGGGCCGGCGUCGCUAUGGACUCCCCCGCGUCUGCGCAGGGAGCCCUGGGUUAUGUGCGGGAGUUCACCCGCCACUCCUCCGACGUGCUGGGCAACCUGAAUGAGCUGCGCCUGCGCGGGAUCCUCACUGACGUCACGCUGCUGGUUGGCGGGCAACCCCUCCGCGCUCACAAGGCGGUGCUCAUCGCCUGCAGUGGCUUCUUCUAUUCAAUUUUCCGUGGCCGUGCAGGAGUGGGAGUGGACGUGCUUUCCCUGCCCGGGGGCCCCGAAGCUGGAGGCUUCGCCCCUCUCCUGGACUUCAUGUACACUUCGCGCCUACGCCUCUCUCCCACCACUGCACCCGCAGUCCUUGCCGCUGCCACCUACUUACAGAUGGAACACGUGGUGCAGGCAUGCUACCGCUUCAUCCAGGCCAGCCAUGAACCUCUGGGCAUCUCACUGCGGCCCCUGGAGGCAGAACCCCCCACGCCCCCAACCGCCCCUCCACCAGGGAGUCCCAGACGCUCGGAAGGGCACCCAGAUCCACCUACUGAAUCUCGCAGCUGCAGUCAAGGUUCUCCCAGUCAAGGCAGUUCAGAACUCAAGGCCUGCAACUGGAAAAAAUACAAGUUCAUCGUGUUGAAUUCUCAGGCCUCCCAAGCAGGGAGCCUGGAAGGGGAAAAGAGUUCUGGUCAACUGUGCCCCCAAGCCAGGCUAUCCAGUGGCGAUGAGGCCUCUGGCAGCAGCAGCAGCAGUGAAGAAGGACUCAUUCCGGGUCCCCAGAGCAGGCUCUCUCCCACUGCUGCUACUGCCCAGUUCAAAUGUGGGACUCCAAUCAAUACCCCUCGUCUCCUCACAACCCAGGCUCAAGAGGCCAAUGGAUUGCCUUCUGGGCAGGCUCACCCACCACCAGGAAGGGGAUUUUUCAGCUGCCACAACUGUGAGGCAGUGGCUGGGUGCUCAUCAGGGCUGGACCCCUUGGCCGCCGGGGACGAGGAGAAACCAUACAAAUGUCAGCUUUGCCGGUCAGCCUUCCGCUACAAGGGCAACCUGGCCAGUCACCGCUCUGUGCACACAGGGGAAAAGCCCUACCACUGCUCUAUCUGCGGAGCCCGCUUCAAUCGGCCUGCUAACCUGAAAACACACAGCCGCAUCCAUUCGGGAGAGAAGCCCUACAAGUGUGAGACAUGCGGCUCGCGCUUUGUACAGGUGGCUCACCUGCGUGCUCACGUGCUGAUCCACACUGGGGAGAAACCCUAUCCUUGCCUCACAUGCGGGACUCGCUUUCGCCACCUCCAGACUCUCAAGAGCCAUGUUCGCAUCCACACGGGAGAGAAGCCUUACCACUGUGACCCCUGCGGCCUGCAUUUCCGACACAAGAGUCAACUGCGGCUACAUCUCCGCCAGAAACAUGGAGCUGCUACCAACACCAAAGUACACUACCACAUCAUGGGGGGGCCCUAGCCAGGCCUUGGCUCAGAACCCCACCCUCCUGAAGGCCAGGAAAGCAUCAGACUCCGGCCCAGCUUCCCUGUCAGGCUUGGGCGUGGAGGUGUGCAAGCCCCCGCCCCCGCCCUCACCCAACUCCAUCAGAAACUAUCCCCACUGGGAUUUCUCCCUGGGGAGAGCAGGAGUGGCAGAUCCUGGCUUGAUCUGCCUGUUUUGCUGGUCAAAACCUCUUGCCCACAAUCAAAAUGGUUUUGAGAACACUGAGAGAGGGGAGACUGAAGACCCGGUUUUCUUAAAGGAAACAGUCUCCAUCUCACUCAGUUUAUCUAUAAAUGUAAUUUAUUGAGGCCUUUGGAUGGCACCAGGGCCUUCAUUCUAUUGCCUUUCCCACCUCCUUCUUCCACGAGUGUGAUCAAGUGACCUGAAUCACAAAAUGUGAGGUUACAGCUCUGCAGGCAGAGAUGAGCACUUGGCUGUUGUUCCUUUUUUGGCUUGAAUGUUUUAUAUUGUUAUUGUCAUAGCCUUUACCUUUAGAGGCGUUCUUCCUCCCAUUUGUUUGUUGGUUGGUUUCAUGUGGAUAGAGGAGUUCACUGUGUCCUGCUCCUAGAGGUCUGGAACCUUUCUUUGUUCCAGGGGAGUUCUGGGAAAGUGUGGGCUUGUGGAAUUGAGUUAGGAACUCUCUCUGGUAUUCAGGAUAUUGUAGUUUCUCUAGCAGACUAGAAAUGGGUAGAGGCUUUUCUCUCUUCUCCGAGGGUUGUAGGAAGUUUGUAGUGAGCCUGAAAUGGAGGUGACAGUGCUUCCUGAAGGUCAGAUGGAGGGGAGGCUGGAUAGCAUUGCUCUGAGGGGAGGCUGGUCAUCACUACUGCAAGGUGGUCCAGAAACUCAGCUAACCCGCCCGUCAGGCCACAUAGGUUUAGCUCCUCAGUGUCCUGCAGUCAUGACAGAGGUCUUACCCAGGGCCUUGAGUUAAGUCCACAGUCUUCUCAUGGGGCCCUGUCCUCAGCACUGAAUUGAUCUCUCCUUGGGGAGCAAUCUGAGAUCCUUUAUCAGAAAUGAUGCAGACUUUUCUUGAGUCUGUCCAGUCUCUAAGAACAUUAUGACAUAGGACAGAAUUUCAGUGCUCUUUUUAGCUUGACUAAGCAGUAAAGAGCCCUGAACUCUCUUGAACUACAGACGUGUCUGGGUUUGAAUGCCCCAAAGGGUUCUCUCUGUCUGAGACAAACAUCUUUCUUUAGUAGGUUUUUGGACAUCUCUUGGCAAGGGUCCAGAUUCCAGAACCUUCUUUGACUCUGUACAGUAUGGAUGUUUGGUAACUUUCCUUUCUUAGAAAAGCUGGGUCUGUGACCUGGUUUUCUUGUCACUAUAUUCCUGUCUGGAACCAAUGAAUGCACUAGAAGCUUCCACAGGGAGAGAAAAGGGACUGAAUUCCAUUCUGUCUGUUGUAGUCUGGAGUUACUGAUGGGAUUAAAAAUUUAAAAGAUUUUGGGAGUUGGGUGGUAGCGCAGUGGGUGUAGCACACGUGGCACGAAGUGCAAGGGCCGGCUUAAGGAUCCUGGUUCGAGCCCCUGGCUCCCCACCUGCAGGAGAGUCACUUCACAGGUGGUGAAGCAAGUCUGCAGGUGUCUUUCUCUCUCCCUCCAUGUCUUCCCCCCUCUCCAUUUCUCUCUGUCCUAUCCAACAAGAACGACAUUAAUAACCACAACAAUGUUAAACAACAAGGGCAACAAAGGGGAAAAUAAAUAAAUAAAUAUUAAAAAAAUAAAAGAUUUAUUGAUUGAUGGAUCAAAGGCGCCUUCUAGUUGACCAAGUAUCCAGGUAGGAUUAAGAGGUUGGUUGAGAGGCACAUUCUCUGGUGUAGGCCAAGUAGGUGGAAAGUUGGGAAAGAGGUUGCCUCUUAACUGAGUAGGUCUGAAAUGUUAGCUGAUAUUCUGAAAUUGAUUUGCAACCCAGCCCCAGUUGAUCUGGGGGCUGUUUGAAUAUGAAGCAUGGGGUAGAUGGUAAGAAACACUUUGUGGGAUGGAGUUUCCUUGAGAUAGGUCAGUACUAGGUCUGUUUGUUUCCUAGGGAAUGGUGAGAAAGCUCCCUUCUCCCUCCCCACUGCAGAAGUGAAGGAGGGGAAAGCUGAGGAGGAAAACGUGAGCAGGAACCAUGACUGACUUUUAUUUAGCAGACUGAAUGGUCAGGUGGAGAAUGUCUAGAGUUAAGAGAUGUCAGAUCUUGCCAGAUGAAAAAUUUUGGAAUAAAAUCUUCUCUACACUG